UUUCCAUCCUGUCUGUACUUGCUCUGAAUGUGGACGUGUAAGAUUCCUGUUUCAUCGGUGCUUGUGUACUGUGGCCAGAAACGUAUCAAACGUCUUUUCAGUUCCUGCUUAGUGCCUUCGACUGCAGUGUUGAAAGAGUAGUGAAGUGUUAGACCGAGAGAUCACGUCAGUAGCAAUUAUCUCAGGAUACAGUAGUUCGCUGUAAGAGAAGAGCUGGAUGUAGCAGUGUGCCAUGGGAGGGAAAAAUAAGAAGAGCAAGCAUGCAGCGAGCCCCCACAAAGAUCACCAAAGAGAGGCUGAUGAUAUCGAAGGGGCCAGUGCAUACCCCACCACCACAAUGGAGUGUGACAUAUGCAGAGUGAAAUAUGACACGAAUAGCCAUAAGCCGCGGAAUCUGUUUUGUGGGCAUAGCUUCUGUUCCUGCUGUUGUAAGAAAAUGAUUCAGAACAUGAUCAUCAGGUGUCCUAAUUGUCGCAAGACAACCUCAGCAAGUGAUGUAGAACAAUUAGGAGUAAACUUCCUUGUGUUACAUAUGAUUGAAAGAUCUGCCAUCAAUAAUGCAGCAGCAAGUCCAACCAAACAUUCGUCCUCUAAGAUGUCACCACAUGGAGGGAGAUGUCUGGAGGCUCGGGCAGAGAUAGCUAUGCAUUGUGCUCACUGUGACCUGUGGUUGUGUAAAGACUGUAGCCGUAUUGAUCAUAAACACCCAGAGUGUCUCCUCAUGCCUUACCAGGACACGCUGAGGGAAAUGAAGCAGGCUAUCGGAGCCAAGGUCAAAUCUACUGAAAACUCACUGGAGGAAUUUUCAUGCAAAGCAAAGCUGUACGACACCAAGUUGAAGUCUUGUGCCUCCCUCAUGGAGAUGACCCUCGACUGCCUCAAAAAGGAGCAAACACACUUGGCGGGGCUCAGGGACCAUAGUCAGAAAAUGGAGCAAGAUCUACGUGACCUCCGCUCAGAGAAUCCCUCUUCUGACUUAGAGGAAGCUUUGGAUUUCCUUAAGGGAAUGGAGACAGCAACCAGCGUGAUGUGGAAGUGGACGACAGACGCCUCCGCCAUACUCAAGGGGGACCAGGUCUUCAGUUUGUCCAAGAUACUUCUGCAGACAGCAGUACAGAUGCACAUGCACCUAGGCAUUCAGAGGAAUGGUGGGCUGGUGGCCGUCCACAACAUUAAUGGUGUUAGUGCAACCUUUCCGGUGGAGAAGGACGGAGGCCGCCUUCUGGUGCACGCCGGCUCCACACAAAACAGGCCCCCUCAAGCAGGCUGCAGGUUGGUAAAGUUGGAGCACAUCAAGUCUUGCAUUGAUCCUUCAUGCGCCCUCACCUUCCUGGACAUCAGCCUGAGAGGACAGCCGUUAGGCAGAGUGUUCAUACGUCUCCUGGGCUGCACCAAGCAAUCCCGCUGUUUCCUGAUGAUGUGUACGGGUGAGACAGGUUGCAACUACCUCAACACUCGCUUUCAUCGCCUAUGGUGGUCAAAUCAGCCAGGAGAACACAUGUGGGUGGGAGACUAUGACCACAGGGAUGGUAGCGGAGGAACACUACAUCCGGAGAUCCUACACGAGAUUAAGGAACUGCCGGAAAAGAAAACCCAAGUUGCUAUCACACAGGGGCUUGUGGCUGGGAGGUAUGGGAAGUGUAACAGUUCAAUAUUCCGAGUGUACACCAGAAGCAGUGACACAGUGGAAGAGGCAGCUUUUGGCCGGGUGGAGUAUGGCCUUAAUAUCUUGAAGGACGCUCUCCAGUAUAAGGAAAGCAUAACUGAAAUUGUCAUCUCCGCGUGUGGCAUGGUGAUAGAGUCCUGAGAUGCUGUGGUAAGCUAGUGUGGUGACAAGAAUGCAGCAGGCGCCAAGCCAAGGUUAUGCAUAUACUCAUUAUAAUCUCUUCGUAUAUCGAGUGUGUAUAAGUGGACUGAUUCAUCGCUUGUUAUAUAUAUAUAUUUUUUUUUUUUAUUAUUAUUAUUAAUAUAUGAAAGGACUUUUCCUGCCUUAUAUGUAACGUGUAUGGAUGCGAAUUAUCUUGAAAACACUGGUGAUGUGCUUUGGGUCCUUUGCCACAAUUGUCACAGAAUUAUAGUAAUGGUAUUGCUGAACACGAGACAUGUAGAUCAAGUAGUAUGCUGGGAGAAAACCAGACUAUAUUGUAAGUAAAAAAAAUAUAUAUAUUCAUAACCUU